AUGCCCAAUGUUACACGCAGCCCGAACCUGGUAUUCGGUGACCUGGAACGAAGCUGCAACGCGCACUGCAACUGCUCCGGAGUGGAUUACAACCCUCUUUGCGGAACCGAUAACUUGACCUACUACUCGCCCUGCAUCGCCGGAUGUGCGGAAGUGAGACGCUAUGAGAAGACCAAGCUCUACACGCAGUGCACCUGCGUAAACGGGCCGACGCUGCACAUGACCGCCGAGAGCAAUGACACCGUCUACGACUACAUGGGCAAGCGAGACCCGUGCGACGCCGACUGUGGCCUCGUGUUCGUCUACGCGGGUGCCAUAUUCAUCGCCCUGUUCUUCACUUUCCUCCUCGUUGUUCCCGCUCUAACGGCCAUGCUGCGCUCCCUCGAAGAAGACAUAAAGUCCACCGGAAUAGGUGUCAACUAUGUCCUCAUGAGGAUAUUCGGGACCAUACCGGGCCCGAUAGUGUUCGGUCACUUAAUCGACCGAAGCUGCAUUUUGUGGCAAACCACGUGCAGCGGUGGAACUGGGGCGUGCGCCAUUUACGAGAACGGCGAAAUGGGCGUCAACCUGUUCCGUGUCAUGAUCGUCGUCAAGUCUGCCGCCAUAAUGUUCUUCUUCUGUGCGUCGCUAAGCACCAAGGCUGAGGACACCGUUGAACCUGUGUCCGGAGGAACAGCUUUAGACGGUGAGGCUGGUGACCACGGAGGCACGAAGGAUCGAGGAGAUUCUCCUGACGACCUUGCCAACGGGGACCGUGUUGAUGACGGGGACCAUGGCGAUGAUAGGGACGACAAGCUCCUCAACGAAGACGACAACAGAAACUAA